CUUAAGUUGUUGAAGACGGAUCCUCUCUGUCUAUUUUGAACUCAGAGAGAGUAGAAAAUAUACCUCUUAUCUCCAUAGUUUAAGUUUUUGAAAAUAUUUUUAUACCCAUUGAGCAGUUUUCAAGUAGCAUUGAACCGGAGCGGAAACCUGAUUACAAAGCGUGUUUAGAAUAAUGAUUUUAAUUAAAAUAAUUAAUUACUUUUUUAUAAUAAUUGCAAUAACAUUUACUUUUACUUCAACGAUUAGUGCAAAUACAACAGAUGUUGCGAUUACAACAGAUAUUCCGAUUACGACAGAUAUUGCGAUCGAGACUGAAGCGCCAGAAACUAGUGAGAAUGAACCCGUACGUUCUUCUAUUUUCAUGAUAGCUGAAUGGGACGAUGAUGUUUUUCAUUGGGAACGUGUUAAGUUGUCACACAAGGACCGCUCGUGGCGUCUACCAAAUACAACAUUUCCACUUUCCUAUCAUUUGCAUAUAUCAACUGAAAUACAUCGCCAGAUCUUUGAGUACCAGGGCAAUUGCACGAUUGAAGUAUUAGUUCAAAACGAUACAGACGAAAUUGUGCUGCAUACGCAAAAUUUAAAUAUUUUAAAUAUUUCCAUAACAAAUUUAGCAACAAAUGAGCUGUACGCAAAUACCACAUUUAUUGUUAUUCCUGAUUUACUGAUAAUUAGUCAGAAUUCAAGUUCAGCGACAUUUUUACGUCAUCAGCGUUUGAGCAUUGAGAUACUUUACACUGGCCUUAUCAGAAAUGGCAAUUCUGGCUUUCACAAAUUAACAUACACCGACGAGAACAACCAAACAAUUGUAGGUGCUUCCACACAACUGGAGCCGAUAUAUGCGCGGACUGUGCUACCUUGUUACGAUGAGCCAAGCUUUAAGAGCAACUUCAAUAUACGUAUUACACACGGAAGUAAUUAUACGGCAAUUUCCAAUAUGCCUCAACAGGACUUGAUUGUCGACAGUUUCAACAAUAUGACCACCACUGUAUUUAUGGAGACCCCACCAAUGACCACCUAUGUUUUGGCUUUUGUUAUUUCAAAUUAUGUGCAUAUCUCAAGCACAGAAGGAGGUGUAAAGCAAAAUAUUUAUUUCCCACCAAACUCGAAAGCUGGUGGUUAUAAGGGCUUACAAAAUGCAGCGAAAGCAUUGAAGAGGUUUGGUGAAUUUCUGAAUAUACCUUAUGUGCUACCAAAACUCGAUCACGCAUUGGUGAAAGAGUCAUAUGGCAAGGCUAUGGAAAACUGGGGCCUUAUUACAUAUAGCACAGAAGCAUUUAUGAAAGAUAAUGAAACCGAUAUAGCAAAGAGGUUUACUGCCGAUUAUACCCAAAAUCACGAAUUAGUGCAUCAAUGGUUCGGAAAUUUAGUUUCACCACAGUGGUGGGAUUCUAUUUGGUUAAAUGAGGGCUUCGCUUCAUACUACGCUUACGUUUUAACUGAUAUGAUAUCACCUGAAUAUGAAGCAAUGGAUGCUUUCGACAUUAAUAUUUGCAGAGAAGCAUUAUUUAUUUUAAUUGAUAAGCCGAUGUUAAAUUAUGUUGAGAAACCUUUGGAUAUUAAACAGGCUUUCAGUGGAGUGGUUUACUAUAAAGCGCCUUGCAUCAUACAAAUGUUUAAUUAUGCACUUAAACCAGAAAUUUUUACUAAAGGAAUAUCAGCAUAUUUAAAAAAAUUCUCAUAUGGCAUAGCAAACGAAGACAACCUAUAUGAUGAACUACAAAAUGUGCUCAUUGAUUAUUAUCAGGAACAAAAUAAUAUAUGGAAAUAUAGCAUACAUGAGAUCAUGAAAACUUGGACACAUAGUAAAAGUUAUCCUUUUGUAACUGUUAGCAGAAAUUACACUGACAACACAAUAACUAUACGCCAAACAUCGAUUGUACCCAGCCAAAACGAGCACUGGUGGAUUCCAUUGAAUUUUGCGACUGCUUCUCAGCCUAACUUUGAAGAUGCUACAGCAGACUUUUUCAUGCCACCCGUGCCGGAACUAACAAUUAACUUAAAUGACCUUAAUAUAAAAUUGGAGGAAACUGAUUGGUUCUUGGUAAAUAAAUUAGGUAAAGGAUUUUAUAUAACUCAAUAUGAUGACGAAAAUAUGCGUAGACUGGCGCUCGCGCUCUCUGAGAAUCACGAAAUCAUACAUAGAAGAAAUCGAGCAUUACUUGUUAAAGAUAUUGAGCAGUGGAUUACUAGAGGAAAAAGUUUUGAUGCUAUCAUCAUAUUGCGACUUUUAAAAUACUUAGAAAAAGAAACGGAUCCAUUUGUGUGGUCAUCAUCAAUUGAUCUUAUGUAUCGUCUAUCGAAAGAAGGCCAGCAAUUAUUAGCACCGAUUUAUAAAACUAUUAAACAGCAAAAUAAAUUAACUAUGAAUUUGAGCCAAUAUUUCAUGUUAAACGAUCUUGAUGGAUUAGCCUGCUACUUGGAAUUAAGAGAAUGUUUGAUGGAAUCUAAAAGAAAAAUACUGAGUGCCAUUAAUGGAACCAUUCCUGUUAACGAUAUAAAUGAAAAACUUUGUGAUGGUGCAAAAGUACUUGAAGAUGAUGAAUUUGAAUUGGUGCUGAGUUAUUACAUGGCAGAGAAUCAUAGUUAUUAUAAUUGGAAAUACCUGACUUGCACAAAGAAUCCUACGCAAUUUGAAAGAUUGUUGCAGGAAGCCAGUUAUAUAAAAGCAAACGACAGUCAAUGUGAGAACAAAUUGCAAUUCCUCGGUUCAUUGGCUGGAAAUCGUUUUCGUAAUAGCUUCAAAAUGGAGUUGAGCUUUAACUUAUUAGAUAAACUAAUGCCAGAGUUGCUAAAGACAACUGUUUGUAGUCCAGUAGUCCUUUGUGAGACCUUAUUUUGUGAUGCAAGCACUGUGCCAUCUCAGUUUAAGACACAAUAUAUUAAUUUCUUGGAUCAAUGUCAAAGAGCAAAAGAAGCUGGAACCUUUGAUAGUGAAGAAAUCUUUUAUAUUAAUCCAGACGAUAUUGGUUCGACUGCUAAUGAAAAUAGUGAUAAAGGUGAUUUCAAAAGUGAGGAUAUUGCAAAAGCUUGGGAAGAGGACAACGAAAUUAUAUAAAUUAUUGCAUUACAUACUUUCAUGUUUAUUAGUAAUUAUAGUACAAAACGAAAUGUUCUUAUUAAAUAAUUAAUUAGUUUAAGUCUCUAAAAGCCUGGAAUAUACAGUCACCAAGUUCAUUAGAUGUAUAUAAGAAAAUAUAUUAU